UCUGUGUAGUUUGUGCCACUAUUUGGUGGAUUCGGCUGCUCAGUUGGACAUCCCUUCUUGCCCAUAGUAAAUAAUUCUAAGUUGCCCUGCCAUGACCGCCCCCGGCCCCGCCGUCCACCAGUUCGCAGCCCCGUUGAUGCUCAGGACCAACGCCAUGCAACCAUAGUCCAUCACUUCAGAAAUUAAUUAUUCAUCAUUCAGUUUCACAGUUUUGACUCCAAUAUUCAUUAUUAUGUCAGGAAUAUCACUAUUAAAUUUGCGCACGAAUGACUUUUGCAAUUUCAAUUUGUAUUCCUGAGUCUAAAUUUAAUUGUUACAUUCAAUAUAUGAUCAUAAGCUUAUAAUCGUUGCGCCAUUUUACUAUUGGAAAUAAAAUCUACGUUAUUUAACUUUUUAGUCACGUGUAGGCUUCUUCAAUUACGUUUGAAUUUUACGUGUAGGAAACAAUUUUGUGUGUAAAACAUGAUUUCCAUCGCACUGCAUAUAUAACGCCGGGCAAUAUUGAUGCGUGUCAUCGCCGUGUAGUUGAAAUAACACUAAAAGUUCAUCGCCAAUCAACAUUCACUUCAAACUUAAUAAGUUCUUGGGCUCAGCAUGGAAGUGACGUUGCCAAAAGGCCUGGAGUUCCCGUCAUACGUUGACGACUUGAAGGAGAUCCUGGACACGGUAGAGCCGCGGUUCACGCUCAUUCCUGAGAUGCGGGGUCACAUCUCGCGCUUCGUGGACGGCGCUGACAUGGACGAAGUCUACCCGCAUAUCUUCCUUGGGGACUGCGACGCGGCAAUGAACAAGCAGUACCUGCUGCGCAGCGGCGUCACUCACGUCCUCAACGCCGCCGCCAACCUCAAAAUGGGCCCCGCGCCCGUCAAAACCGGCGACGAAUUCUACAAAGACACGCCCUUGAUUUACAAGGGAUUGGACCUCAUCGAUUUACCCUUCGCAAACGCCGCUAAACACUUCGAGGCCGCCGCAGAAUUUAUUGAUGGAGCCCUCAACAGCGGAGGGACGGUGCUGGUGCACUGCCGUCAGGGCAGGUCGCGCUCGGCCUCGGUGCUCGCCGCCUUCCUCAUGACGCGGCGCGGCUACACCGCCGCAAGGGCGCUGCGACAACUCAAGCAGAGUCGGGACAUCCGCCCCAACAACGGUUUUCUCGCUCAAUUGGCUGCUCUGGACUUGCAACUUUUUCGGGAACGCCUGGAAAGAAUUCGCUUGGAGCCUUCAUCCUCGUCUUCCUCUGAGUCGGAUUCAGAGUCAAACUCGGUAUCCAAAACGGCAACUCUGAAACAAAAAUCCUCUUCUCCUGAACUUGAAAUGACAACAAAGAGUCCAAAGCCGCAGAGUAAAACUCGACAAUCUUCUACUGAAUCUGACAAAUCGCAAAUUUGUUCGGAUGAGAGCAAGAAAAAUGACACGAAAGAAGAUUCUCCCAAGUCGAGUGACAACGACAGCAUCGAGUAUCACUCGGCUGUGAGUUCGGUCUGUAGUACUUCAAUAUCGAAUGCGUUCGAGAACGCCAACCCGCGUUCCGUUUCAAUAACAGUCCAUGUUUCUUUGAAGCGCAGGCAGAGUCCCAACAAUGAGACCGAGCAAUACGUAUCGCAGUGCGUCAGGGUGCAGAGCGUCGAGUCGCUCGAGUCCGACAAUGAUGCUGACGACGAGAGCUCCGACAGCGAAAGCUAGAGGCGUUCUAGACGAGUAUUGAUUUAUUUCCUCAAAUUGAUCGCGCUAAAAAAGAAGUGCAAUUUUCAUCGUACGGGUGAUGGGCAGAUCGCAAAUUACAGACAUUUUUUUAUUCCGUAAGCUCUGAAAUGUUUUUAUUAUUCAUUUUUGC